CAACGCGUCCAAGUCAGGCGCAGUAAUAAAGAGGAAUAAGCUUCCUUUCAAGCGUGUUUAUUACAGCCCGCUUAUAUACUGUACGCACCGUUAAACACAUCUUUAAAGAUGAAACAUUUAAUCAGCUAGGCUAAUACAAUAGAAGUUAUGAAGUUAAUAUAACGCUUCUUCUUCUGCGGCUUAUCUCUCAUUUAGAAGUACAGUUGAUUUGGUCUCAUCGGAUCAAAGGGUACAAUCUCACAGACCCGGGCUCUCGUUCAAAAUCAGAUUAGGACACCUCCAUUCUGAAAUUAGUUCUGUGUUAACUCUGAUCAGAGAGAAAUACACCCGGUUGAACUUCAAAACAACAGCAUGAGUGUGACAGGGUAUCUUCAUGUUGAGAGAAAGGCGCUAACCACAGCCUCACCUAUCUCCACAUCUCCUCCCCCUCCGCCCUUUCCUAUGUUUGAUAUCUUGCUAUAGAAAUAUGCGACAUCAUUCUGAAUGUAGAGGAUGCAUGCAACACGUCUGCUUUCUGUGCAGGUGUGCUGGAACAAUGUUUCAGAAUAACUGAAUUUACUUUGCAAUCAGGUAUCUGGUAGUUUCUCUAGGUUUACCUGCUGCGGCCUCAACAUGAGAUCGGUAUAUACAACUCACUGAGAUAGAUGAGUAUAUCUUUGCAAGAGCAUUUCUUGUGAACUUCAGUGUCAGUGAAACCCCGACCACAGCAAGCGUCAGAUCUGCUGCUGUGUGAUUUCCACGACAUUUGAGAAUGCAUUCUUUCCUGAGAAUCGUGCUGUGUGCUUGUUUAAUUUCACCUUCAGGCCACGCUCUCACCCCAGUUCACCAGACCCCGCGAUCAGUCACCGUUCAGGCCGGCGGAAGUGUCACUUUGACAUGCUCUUUCAAUGGAACCGGUCUGGAGAUGGUCAAAGUUAGAUGGUUCAGAUAUUCAGCUGAUAAUACCUCGCUUCAAAUCGACAUAUCUCUUCAGCACAACGUCUGUUCAGAAUUUAUUAACCGCGCAGCUGUCAAGGAAAACCAGUCUAUAAGCAUAUUGUCCUUUAAUGCCCUCCUCCCGAAUGACAGUGGAGUUUAUGUCUGUGAGGUACAAAGGUGGGUCCCGGGACCGUAUGCUUGGGAACAGGGGAACGGCACCCUGGUUAAUGUUACACGUGAGGAUCCUGACACGCGUCCCGCUGACAUCAUCUAUUACAUUGCUGGCGUGCUGAUAAUAAUCGCGCUGGGCCUGGGAAUCGUUGCUCUCGUCUAUUUCAAGCUCAGAGUUAAUAAGUCAUCUGUUUCGCGUGUGCCUGGUAUUCAAGCACACAGCACACCUGAGCAGGACACCGUGUGCUCUCGGCCGGACACACACGAGGUGUGCUAUGCAAGUCUGAAUUUCAACAAGACACGCAGGACUACAGACCCGAGUACGACGGGAUUAAUGCAUUCACAAUACGAAGCAACAGAAAGCACGCUGCAGGCGAAAGCAAAGACCCCUUCAGAAGGAAGCGCUCGGAUAAAACACCCGAAAACACAAGACGCUAUUGAACAGAGGGGAGCCGAAGAAGAGCCGGAGGUUCUGUACGCGCACGUUAGAGGAUGAUUUCUGUACUGUGCUCUUAAUACAAGCAUGGCAAUGAGCGCCAC